AUGAUUGGAGGUGCGGCGCGCGGGUUGUUCCAGAGUGCACGGCAAGUGCGACGAGCGACUCUGCGGCAGGUGAAGAAGCAACAGCGAGUGCGCACGGCUGGCAAGCAAAGUGAAGAGACGAGACGAACAGUGUGCGGACUGGCGCGAGGCGAGAGCGUGAUCAUCAAUCAGCAGAGACGAACGAUCGGACGUGCACGAUUUUUUGAGACGAUGCCGCGGGUUGUGAUGAUGGGAACAGUCAGCGUUAUGAGUGUAGGAGCUAUCGACGCACUUGUCAUUUCACUGAAAGACUUGGCGGACGAUGACGACGACGGUCGAUAA